ACUUCUACAAUAUACAUUUUAUUCUAUUGACGAUAUAGUUUGUGGUAUCAGUAAAGUAUAAAAUUCCUAGAUUCUACGAAUUUAAAAGUACUACAAGCUUAUAAUGAUUUCUUCUGUCUGCCCUUUCUCGGCUCCAAUGUGGGGUCAAUGCAACAUAUUAUGCACGUUGGGAAACGAUUUAUUAGUCAAUAUGAUGGUAGACUACCAUUUAAUUAACAAAAACAUAGUUCAACCGUUGAAACGCUAAUUGACUUAGCGACAUGUUCUUUUGCGACACAAGUUUCAUACAUAUUUAAAAUCAGCACGAAAUUUGUUUUUUUUUUAAACUAGUCGAAUUUUUUUGAAAAUAUAUGUCGUUUAAGUCAAUCAGCCUAUCGACUGUCGAGUUUAUGCGAUAGUCUUUGAUGUCUGCCUACCCCACAGUGUAUGUUCUAAGAGGAAGUAGGUGAGAGUUCAAAUGAGGUCAUUAAUGUAAGAUUUCCCGGCCUAUAGCAUAAAUGGCUCAUAGCCAGCAUAUAAUGCUCUCGUUUGGUAAAUAACAUAUCUUAUGGCUUAUUCACUAUAUAUACAUCAUAUAUAAGUACUAUUUUAAGAGUACAAACGAUUAUAGAAUUUAUUACAAGGAUGUUAAGAUUCAACAUACAUUGUUGACGUUUAUUAACGUUGCUACGCGUAUUUUCAAGUACAUUUCAAUAUAUUGUUUAUAAAUACACAGUUAUUAUAAUUACUCAUAUUUAAAUUACACUUAAAAUGAGAACUAUGAAUAUUUCAUUUCGCAAGGUUAUGCAAUAUUCAUCACAAAUAUUUUCAAAUGUUUGGAUACAGGAUAUGACUCAUACGACGCAUAGCCAUACAUUUUAUAUAUUCUCUGUGAAACAGAAACGUUGUCAUUUAUAUUAACGCAUAGAGGUUAGAAUAACAAAAGGCAGUUGUGUUGUAGACUCGGUCUUGUUAUUUGCCCUCUGCUUUAUAUGUGUUCCAUAUCCAAAUUUAAACACACUUCAAACCACAUCUUCGUACAAUAAGAACCUCCUUACGCGUUCAAGUUUGGCAAUUGAAAUCAUUGACAAAUAUAAGCUGAGCAUCACGCUCAGUAUCACAAAUAACGCGGAACCGGUACCCAUCAGUCUUCAACAAAAGGAUUUACUUCACUUUGAAGACGGAUAAGUUUUUACAUCGGGAAAAUGGUCAACCUCUUCAUUUACGCAAAAGACUUUUCAAGUAAAACUCGUGGCAACGAGUAUUACCACUAUCACGGUUUGAAGACUAUUGAACGAUUCAAGAACGAUGUAGAAGAAAUUGAACAAGAACUAUUAAAAACAGAAAACCCACCGACAGAAUCGAAAGUCGUUUACUUGCACUGGGGAUGCAAGUACGAAGAGGUUGAUGAAGAUAUAAUUAGAACUACAUACCUUGAACAGGAAGGUGAUCAUUAUGUAUCAUGCCCGAAGACGAUUGUUUAUUGGCUACAAGAUAACUAUGACUUCCGCAAUGAAGAGCACAAAAUCAAGUUACUGUACAUCAUCACGGAUGGUAUGAUUCAUGAAACUUGUGCAAAGGGGAGUAUCGAAUUGAACAGCGAUAUGCAUUACGAAACAGUUGUCUUCCAUGCGUUUAAUGAACGGCGGGAGCGAAUCGAUCUUUCCGUAGCAUCGUCUUUCUUUAAAAGCCGUUGUAUGGUUUACUGUAAUUACGAACUUUAUGAUAGCACUGACAUUUCCGUUGAGUUUGACUACGACAAAAUCAAUGCUGAUAACUUUAAUUCCGAAAAAGACAAUUUGAAAUCUUAUAUUAAAUUAAAGUUCCUCACCAAACCCAAAUUACAUGCCUCAACUUUUAAAGAAAUUGACAAACUGAAAAAUCUACGAAAUCGAUUAUUUGACGAGUUGUUAUCUGAAACGCAUAAAAAACAUAACCAAGUUAACCUGGAAACAAAGGACAAAAGUGUAUUUUUGCGUGAAUUUGUUCGCACCACCUGGUAUAAGAAUCUGUUUACUGAGGCUCGUGAGGCGACGGUUGAAAUUGAGAAAUGUAUUGUAACGUUGAUUAAUUAUAUCGUCAGCGACACUAAAUCUUUCUCGUUUGACGCGUUGCAGUUCGGCAUGAAAUUUAACAAACCCGUUAAAGAGGAAGAAAUCGAUGACGUUAACUUCACAAGCGAACAAGAAAUAGCUUUCCCUGACAUAAUUCUGGAGGACGACAAAGGAAUCCCUGUUGUAAUUUUGACAAAAUUGAGUUUGCUGGACAAGAUUAUUUUCCACGAAAACAGUUCCUCGGGUGAAGUCAUGCCUGCCAGUUUUAAUAAAUUCAAAUCAAUGAUGGAGUGUCCGUUAUUUUUAAUGAACGAUAAAGACAUCAGUGAGUCAAUUGGCUACUUUUAUACUUUGAAUGUUUACAAACAUUUUUUGGAAAACAAUAUUAACACUGAACCGCGAACACGAAGACCCUUUCAUGGCGGCCUUGUGCUGAUAGACACAGAUGAAUUCGAUAGAUACAACGACUACAUUCUGUCGGCGACGUACUUCGAUUCCAAAAAGAUUAACUUCAAUAUUGGAUUAUUCUACUACGUGCUAUGGAAGAACUGUGAAAACAAAGAAUGGAUGGACAAAAAUGUUGUCACGCAGUUCCAAAAGUAUGCUAUGCGACGUAUAAGUCAAACAGUCUGCAAAAUUGGGCUGUCAUCUUUGCCAUUAGAUCCUCGAAUUAACACAUCGUUGCUAACUGCGUUGUGGUACUGCGUUGAACUGUCUUCUUGCAUUUUCAAAGAUGAUGCUCAAUUUUUUUUCCAAGAACGAUUGAGACAGUUUUACGGCGUAGCCAAUUAUAUGCUCGAAAUCUUGAAGUACUUUAACUAUGAACUAGACUAUAAAUCAAUUGAAAGACGUAUAGAACUAGUCAGCCAUGUAAUGAUUUUGAAGAAAAUACAAAAACGAAAAGAGAAAGUUUACUAUUUGUUGGAAACGAUCUUUAAGACUGCGGACGGUUUUCUGCUCAGUGAAAUUGAAAAGCCGUUCAAUCUUUACAAGCUGAAUUACCUAAAAUUGGACCACAAAGAUAUUUUGCGCGACGAUGUAGUUGAAGAAACGGUUCAUUUGAAUGACUAUGUGCAUCUGAUGCAUUUCGUAGGUGACUUGGAAACUUCUGCAGCCGGCAAAAGUACCUAUGAAAUUUGCGAUAAGACAUUCCGUCCUUUCUUUACUAUCGACCAAACUAAGUCAUUUUACACGGAGUUGGUCAAGAUUACUAAGAAAGUAGUUAUCAGCAAUGACGAUAACAAAGAUAAAGUUAAGGUAACCUACGAGCCCGCCGACUCGCUCGAGUUUACCAAAGUUCUAUCUCUAUACAAUCUGUUCAUUAGGUGCGUGAUAAAUUUAGGAAGAUAUCCGUCCCUGCCUGAGUACGUCGACUAUAUUUCUAAAAGAAAGAAAUUUCAAGCUAAUUUAGUAACCCUCUUCCCGUCAAAUUUUUACCACGACAUCUUAGGAGUGUAUUCCAGAUAUCAGAAAAUAGUGACAAAAGUGGAGGUCAGUUCAUUUAUUCAGGUGUCAAAAAGCUAUGUUAUGCGAUUUGAACGUAUCAAAGCCGAAGAAAGAGUAAAGUUUAGUAGCGACGAUGAAAUUAACAAAUUUAUUUCUGCCGAGGAGUCGAAAGUUAAUUUGAAAAAGAAUGUGCAAAAUAUUAGUUAUAAAAGAAAACAAAGAAAGGCUAGGUCAUAGCUUAUUGCCGCGAACAAAAAUUCUGUCAAUUUCAAUUACUACUACUAAAUAGAAAGUGCAACACAUAUUCAUGUACCUAUAUCUAUCUUCAUUUCGUCAUUAAAGCAUACAUUUCAAACAUUAAGAAUAUAUUUGAUUAGUGUUUUUUAUACUAAUUUCUUUUUCAUAUGUGUGCAAUAAGAGUUUUUUAUUGUAUUGUACAUCAAACCCUUGGCUCUUCAGUGUUUACGCACACUAAACUGCCAACGCAGCGGUUUUUAAAAUGUGUGUAUGAGUAAUUACUCAUGCACACAUUUGUAAAAACCGCUGUGUUGGCUUUAUAAUAUAAUAUUAUAUAAUAUAGUGUCAUUACUAUACAUAAUGACACCAUGUAUAAUGUAUUAAAUUUAGUAAGUACUUAAAACAAAAUUAUAUUUUUAGCCAUAAUACACAAUAUUGAAAAGACAAUUAAAAGAAAUUAAAGAAAACUAUAACUUUUAUAUUGUAUUCUACAUUAUACGAAUUCAGUGAAUUAUUGUUUUAAAAAAAUCUCAUUUUGGCAUAGCCAUUAAGUUUAUUAUCUUGUAAUAUUAUUUAGAAUUUUUAAGAAUAUCUUUAGUCUAAAAUAUUGCAUGUCAUUAAUGACAGAGUGUGAGAUCCUGAUUUUACUUGUACUGCCUAUUUAUUGUAACCCAUCGAUAUAUAUACUACGUAUUAUACGCCAAUGUUGUUAGCUCAUUCUAGAAAAUAAAAGUUUAUUUCAUUUCAUUACUAUGGAAUAAAGGUACCUAAGAUUGUACAAGCAGCAUCCUUUAUAAUAAAAUAUUGUCUAAAGCUAUUAUGAUACAGAAUUUGUAAUGUGUAAUUAAUAAUUAAGAUAUUAUGUAUCUAAUUCUGAAUUUAGUAAAAUAUCUCACACAAUAAAAGACUAUUUAU